CUUUGGUGUACCCAGGAAGUAGAGAUAAAGUGACUUCCACUUCCGGCUCUCCAGGCACGAGGAUCCGGAGAGCCAAGCUAGUGGGAAAAUGAGGCCUUUGACUGAAGAAGAGACCCGCGUAAUGUUUGAGAAGAUUGCGAAAUACAUUGGAGAGAAUCUACAACUCCUGGUGGACAGACCGGACGGCACCUACUGUUUCCGGCUGCACAACGACCGAGUGUACUAUGUGAGUGAGAUGAUCCUGAAGCUGGCCGCCAACAUCUCCGGAGAUAAGCUAGUGUCCCUGGGUACGUGUUUUGGAAAGUUUACCAAGACCCACAAGUUCCGGUUGCACGUUACAGCUCUGGAUUUCCUUGCACCCUACGCCAAGUAUAAAGUGUGGAUAAAGCCUGGAGCUGAGCAGUCCUUCUUGUAUGGAAACCAUGUGUUGAAAUCCGGUCUGGGUCGGAUCACUGAAAACACGUCUCAGUACCAGGGAGUAGUGGUUUAUUCCAUGGCAGACGUUCCUUUGGGUUUUGGGGUGGCAGCAAAGUCUACCCAAGACUGCAGGAAAGUGGACCCCAUGGCAAUUGUGGUGUUCCAUCAAGCAGACAUUGGGGAGUACAUACGCCAUGAAGAGACGUUAACUUAAGAUGGCCAUCCCAAGAACAUUUUGCUGUGUGAGAGGACUUAGCUUUGUUUCCUGUGUGCCGGCCAUCAUGUUAAAUCUGGAUAACACUGAGAUAUGCAGCUUGGAUUCUUAUCAACAGAAAUGGCUCAAAAAUAGGGUUUCUGGCCCUCUAGAGCCAAAUGCAGGUGGAUCACAAGGAUAAGGCCAGCUCAGGCUACUUGGCAAGUUCAAGGCUAGCCUGGGCUACCUAGUGAGGCUUGUCUCAGAAAUCUAAAACAGACAAAUCAGAACCUAUGAGCAUUUGUGUGAGCAAAUUGAGUGUUUCUAUUUUAUGUCUGCAUCAUCGUUGAUUCAGAAGCCUUGUUCUGAGUGACGGUUUCUAAGUUACUUCACCGAGGACAGGGAUAAUCUUACUGUUAUCUGUGAUAACUCUUUUCCAGGCUUAUAACAGCACAGUGGACUUUCUAAUGUUUGUUAAUAUUAAAGUUAGAAACAGCUAUAUAAGGACAGUAGGCCAUGCCUAUGGUUUUAUAUAUGGAGUUUAAUAAAUUGUAAUGGUUUUAUUUUC